AUGGCGUCAACACCACCGCCGCCAUCACCGUCCGCGCUUCGCGUACCAAGGGCGCCGCGACAUGGGGCAAAGCACGACAACUAUGAACCUUAUCCCACACGUUAUUCCGCUAGACUAGCAGGUCAACGAGGGUCAAGGGUUGUCCAAACGACGCCGCCCCCACGUCACGCAACCGUAUCUGGCAAACCUGGAGCAUCCAAAAGAACGCUUUCGCCCUCUUCGCCUGGCACCGCCAAACCCUCGCCCAAAAAGGCUGCACGCUCUCACAGAAAUGCUGCCUCCCGUAUUUCUCCCUUCGGUUCUGAACCUUCACUUCCCCGCACUUCUGCACACCACACCUCCCAAUCCUCUGCAGAACAGGCUUUACCUACCCCAGCUAAAACCCCUUCGAAGAAGAAGAUAAUCAAUUCUGAUUCUUCCACAUCUCGUUCUCUUUUCCCUUCCACUUCCACCAAACGCAGGAAAAUGGAGACCCCUCAGUAUUCUGCAGAACCCCCAGCAAUCUUUGUCGAUGAGCCUUUGAGAGGGUACACUAUUCAAGCUGCAGAGCAAGAAUUGGGUAUCCCCAUCCACGAGGACUCCCGUGAUCGCAUCCCGGCGAUCGGUCCUCUCUCGACUGAUUCGUUCAUUUACAAUCCUGGAAGACCGGUCGGGCGACCUGCCACUCGCUCAACCACCAAUCCCAACGAAGGAGCCUGGUUUGUCCACCGUGGGAAAAAGAUAUUCAAGCGCUUUGAUGACAUGGAAGAUGAGGGCGAGGAUGAGGAUGACCUUGGCCUUUUCGCCAACCGUCCCGACCUGUUGGCUGAUAACCCUGACAUUCUCAAGAGCGUGAAACCUUUGAGACGUGGCGACAUCAAACCUCGUCUCCUAUUUCCCAACCCCGCUAAGCCUACCGAUGGUGACGAGGAGGAUGUCACCGAUGUCGAGGAUCACGAGCCAACGUCUCCAACUCUGCCUUAUGACAUUCGCCAAGACCGGGAACGUGUGACUCCUCCCCUCUUGCCGGAUCCCUUCGAAGUGGGCACACCUGUCGCUCAAUCAGCCCCCGUUGCGCAUAGAGGCCUCCGCUUCCCACGCUCUAGCCUGGAUGUGACUCCUGCCCUGCCCACUUCUUUCUCCGAGGACCUCGCUCCCGGCGCUUCCCGCGAGGAACGAAUCCGGUCCCGGGGUCUUUCUACCAGCAGUGGCAGCAGCCUCCUGAAGUACUGGCCGCCUGUGAGCAGGAAGACGCGGGAGCCCGAAUCCCGCGCUGACCGUGCGAAGCGCCUCCGCGAGGCCCGCGGUAGCCCUGCUCCACGCACCCGCAAGGCCCUACGCGCGGAAGCUUCUCGAGAGGCGUCGACCGCCGAGCCAUCUACGUCCGAUUCCUAG